AUGGCCAGCUUUUCGUGGCGGUCCUCUGUUAGAUUUCAGCCUCAACCUCAACCUCAUCUCUUAGUCCGCCGUCGCUCGUUCGUCGCCACCAUUCCGUCUGUUCGACCCGACACUCGCUCCAACGCUGCGCCAACGUCGCGUUUGCGCAUCUUCCUCAUCCCUGGACGCCCUGCCUGUGUCGCGCGACUGCGCUGCCAUCGCGACACCCGAAGAUUGGCAUCGACAGCUGACGGGGCCGCCUCUCCUGGGGGCUCUAGCAACAUGUCGAGAUCGCGACGACGAGCUGGCAAAGAUGGCCGCGGUGGACAAGCCAGCAUGAUUAGCAGCAUUGUUAAUUUGCUGAAUACAAUUGUUGGGGCCGGCACACUUGCCAUGCCAUCUGUCCUGUCACACAUGGGAAUCAUGCUGGGUGUGCUCCUCAUGGUCUGGUCUGGCUUGACCUCGGCCUUUGGUCUUUACCUCCAGUCCAGAUGCGCGCGCUACCUCGACCGCGGAAAAUCCUCCUUCUUUGCCCUGUCUCAGCUGACAUAUCCCAAUGCGUCCAUCAUUUUCGAUGCCGCUAUCGCGAUCAAAUGCUUCGGGGUUGGCGUCUCCUACAUGAUUAUUAUCGGCGACCUCAUGCCCGGAGUGGCUUUGGGCUUCAAGAGCGAUGCUGAUAGGAUUCCGUAUCUGGUAGACCGAAACUUUUGGAUUACUGCCUUUAUGCUUCUCGUUAUUCCUUUGAGUUUCCUAAAGAGGCUCGACUCACUCAAGUAUACUAGCCUGGUUGCUUUGGUUUCGAUUGGAUAUCUUAUCAUUCUGGUCAUCUACCACUUUUCCGUCGACCCCCACGCCAGCCCAGACAAUAUUCGGGUUAUCAAGCCGGCUGGUGCCGUUGCAACACUGAGUGCAUUGCCAGUGGUAGUCUUUGCGUAUACUUGCCAUCAAAAUAUGUUCUCCAUCAUCAACGAAAUCAACGAUCACUCUCCGUCUAGCCUGGUGAGAGUUAUCGCGUCCAGCAUUGGGUCCGCAGCAUCAAUUUACGUCUUGGUGGCUGUUACUGGAUACAUCACUUUUGGCAACUCCAUUGUCGGAAAUAUCGUAUCCAUGUAUCCUACCGGCGUUGCUUCGACCAUUGGAAAAGCUGCAAUUGUUGUUCUUGUUUUGUUUUCCAUUCCCCUGCAAGUCCAUCCUUGCCGAGCAUCCGUCGACGCUGUUGUCAAUUGGCGACCUAGCAGGGGCAACUCGAAUGGUGGCCGAGCUGGUUCCCCUCUACUAAACUCGGCACCAGUACAACGUGGUGAUCACGGCAGCACCGCGCCAAUGUCUGAUCUCAGGUUUGCUCUCAUCACUACGGUCAUCCUUACUUUGGCCUACAUUACAGCUCUCUCAGUGAGCAGUCUAGAUCGUGUUCUAGCCUUUGUUGGUAGCACAGGAUCCACGUCCAUUAGUUUCAUAUUACCGGGUCUGUUUUAUUACAAAAUCAGCGAUCCCGAUAGUAUCCAUCACCAGCGCUUGGCCAAGGAAGACGAUGACAUGGACGGCUCUGACGACUCUGAAACCGAAGAUACAGGAGCACUCGCCCAGAGCACUCACAGCAUCGCCAGCGCCGCCAGUGCCACGAGCAACCGCAGCCGAAAUGCAUGGCGGUCACGCAGAAAGUGGCGAUGGGACUUGGAACACGUUGAUCACGGUCUUUUACGAAAGAUGGCGUUGGCUCUAGCGAUAUAUGGAAUGAUAGUGAUGGCGGUUUGCCUUACUAUGAAUAUUUUCUUCGCCGUCGCUCAUUAA